AACCUAAUCUAAUAACCUCUAAAGAGCAAACUGAAUAACUUUAAAAUUGGUUUACAGCUUGUUGGAAAUAGAUGUAAAUUCAAGUAAAAUGUCAAAUAUAAGAAAAACAAUAAUUUCAAAUUGUGAAAAAAGUUUUUUAAAUAAAAAUCUUUGUGAAUCUCUCAGAUUGGAUGGGAGGUCCUUUGAUGAAUUUAGAGAAACUGAAAUCGAAUUUGGUAAAGAUUGGGGUUGUUGUUAUGUAUCGUUAGGGAAAACAAGGGUAUUGGCUCAAGUUUCAUGUGAAAUACAUGAACCAAAAACAUCUAGACCAAGUGAAGGAAUUUUAAAUAUAAAUAUUGAAUUAAAUCCCAUUGCUGCACCCCAUUUUGAAGCUGGUAGACAAUGUGACUUAUCUAUUCAGUUAAAUAGGCUUUUAGAAAAAUGUUUGAAAGAUUCUAAAGCUGUAGAUCUUGAAUCACUGUGUAUAAAAAUGAAUGAAAAGGUCUGGAUGUUAAAAGUAGAUAUUAAUGUACUUAACCACGAGGGAAAUAUUUUAGAUUGUGCAUCUAUUGCUGCACUUUCUGCAUUAACACAUUUUAGAAGACCUGAUGUAACUUGUGACGGAGAGGAGUUUAUUAUACAUAACUAUAAACAGAGAGAUCCUAUUCCAAUAGUUAUUCAUCAUUAUCCUAUUUGUGUUACAUAUUCAAUAUUUAAUGGAGGAACCAUUAUAGUAGCAGAUCCAAAUCUUUUAGAAGAAGGUGCCGCUGAUGGUUUUUUGUCUGUUGGUUUAAAUACUUACAAAGAAUUAUGUGGCCUUCAUCUGGGAGGAAAAGUGGAUUUAAGUAUAGAUGUCAUUUUAGAUGCGACAAAUAAAGCUGCUGCCAGAGCAGAUUUUCUUGUUCACUUAAUUAAAGAUGCUGUAGAAAAGGAUAACAUCUUAAGGCAAGAGAAAUGUGAAUCAGGUUUUUACAAAUCAGUAAAAAAUGUCAAAGAGCAAUGUGUAGACGUUGAAAGCAUUUACAUGGAGCCAAGGAAAUUCAAAGAUAAAUUACUGAAGAAAAAGAAAACUAAAAAUGUUAAAGAAACCGCUCUUGAAUGUCACGAUGAAAUUAAGUCAGUGGGAAAGAGAUCAGCAGUAUUAAUACCAAAUGUCAUUGAGGAUAAUUUUGAAACGUGGCAAGAAAGUGAUAGUGAAGAUGAUAUUGAAAUAGUGGAAACAAUAAAACCUGUUGUUGACAUCACCAUCGACAACUCUGAAAGCGAAGAAGAUGUAGUACUGGUUCUAAAUGCGGACAAUAAAACUUGUAACAAGAAAAAACUUAGAAGUUAAUAAUUUUUAAUGUAUUUUA